AUGGAAAAUCCAAAGAUUAAUAACAAAAUAAUUCAAGCAUUGGCAACAUAUCAAAUAAAAACUGACCCAUGGACGUCUAUGAAAAAUUAUUCUCUUUCUUCUAAGAUUUUAGAAGAUAUUAUGAAAAGAAUAACAUUAGAAGAAAUUUUAGAUCAUAUUUUAAUGGAUGAUAUUCGUCCAUAUUUUUCAUCUCAACCAAAUAGGUUCACUUAUGAUAAAAAUAUGCCUCUCAAAACAAAAAAGCCUCUUCGUAGACCUUAUGAAAAUAUUCGUGGAUUUUCGGGCGCAUUUGGAACAGAACUUUGGAAGACAGAAAGAAUAGAAUGCACAUCUAUUCUUGAAUGGACACUUUUUGUAUGCCAAAAAGACACUGCUUUGAAACAUAUUUAUCUUAUUAUUUCUUUUUUAGUAAUACUUUUGGAAGAUGCUAAUCCAAAUUUUAAGCUUAAAAGUUCUCGUUGUUUAUGCCAUUUAUUACCAAAAUGUGAUCCUACUCUUAUGAAAAACACAGGAAUGGGUGAUCUUUUUUGGGAAUUGGUCAUUCAAUGUCUUUCAUAUCAUCCUCCUUCAAUCGAUAUUUCUAUUUCUAUUCCUUUGUUAAGAACAUCAUUGAAUAAUUUAAUUACACUUGCAUCAAAAAUGCAACCUGAUCUCAAAGAUCAAAGGGUAAAAUUAUAUGAUGAAAUUGUAUAUAAUGGUAUCUUCAAUGGCAUGUUUUAUUCAGGUGAACAAUCGGAUAUGGUUAUCCUUCUUAUGGAAUACACAGAAAAGCUUGUUAAUAUAAUGGGAAUUUAUGCUGUUAAGCACAUAAAGAUGUUGAUCUCGCUUGUUUCAUCUGUUUUAGAAAAAUCUUUUCAAACAAAUCAUCCACAGCGUUUUCUUGAAGCAGCUAAAGCAUUAAAAACAAUUAUACAUGUUUGUUGGCCAAGAAUAGAACAUCACCAUGCUACAAUAUUACAGGGAAUUUGUUUUUGUUGGUUAAAUAUGCAAUCACAAAAAGGCGAAAUUAUAGACGAAAUAAAAAAGCAGUUGCAUUUUUGCAUAAAAUCACUUAAAAAAUUGAUGGGAAAUACACUAGAUAAUGACAUCAAAGCUCUGAUGGAUGUAGAUUCUAAUCUGGCUUUAUUUUUUAAAGACAUAUAAUAAAAAUACAAAUUAUUACAAA